AUCCGCGCGUUGUUUCAAAUCGUCUGGAUGAGUGAGGAGCAGCUGUGCUCGGCUUCUGGUCAGCGUUGGGCGCUGUUGGGGUCUGCUGGGCAGAACUGACUCUCGGCCAGGCAGAUGGCUUCUCGGUGGCCGGCCGUGGGGGCCUCCAUGCGUCGGAGGUCCCUACAGAACCAGGAGCAGCUGGAGGAGAGCGAGGCCCUACAGCCUGCAGUUGGCCACCCAGGCACCUCCAGCGGGGCCCUGGGCUCCCUGUGCAGACAGUUCCAAAGGAGGCUGCCCCUGAGGGCAGCCAGCCUCAACCUCAGGGCGGGCCCCUCCUGGAAACUCCUGGAGACCCCACAGCCAGGACAGCAGGGCCUCCAGGCUGCAGCUCGCUCAGCUAAGAACGCCUUGGGUGCCGUGUCCCAGAGAAUCCAGGAGUCCUGCCAAAGUGGCACCAAGUGGCUGGUGGGAAGCCAGGUGAAAGCCAGGAGGAGGAAGAGAGGGGCACAGAAGGGCAGCGGCCCCCCAGCUCGCAGCCUGAGCCGCAGGAGUGCCCAGCUACCCGUGGCCGCCCCUGCCCGCUCGGCCCUGGGCCCCCAGCAGGGGGAGCGCCGCCGCCCCUCUGCCCGGACGGGCCCGCGGGCCCACCCUCGGCGGCAGUGCGGGAGGGAGGCUGCCUUCCGGAGCCCCUACUCCUCGGCAGAGCCCCUCUACUCCCCCAGCGAGUCUGACAGUGACCUAGAGCCCAUGGGGGCAGGAAUCCAGCAUCUCCAGAGGCUGUCCCAAGAGCUGGAUGAGGCCAUCAUAGCCGAGGAGAGUGGCGACAUGACUGUUUCUCUCAUUGAUGACUAAGGACAGCAUCCUUCAGGAAGCGAGCCGUAGCUGACCACCAUGCCCUCACACCCAGGAUCCGCGCCUCCCAGGAGUUCCUGGAGGACCCAGGAGCUGGCAGUGGCCCUGGGCCGCUGCAGACAAGGACCGGACUAACCAGGGCCCAGGUGGAGGCUGCUCGGGGGUCCCUGCUCUCCUGCUCCAGCCACUUUCCCGCCCACCACUGACCACUUGCCACAGUCUGCGAGUGACUCGGGGAGACCUCGGAGAGGCGGGAGGAACUGUUCAUUCUACUCCCCUUUGGGGCUUAGAAACUCAUCCCACACGUGAGCUUUACAGUUGCUUCACUUGUAACGUGAAGUGCAGGCACAAGGUAAUAUUUGAGAGCUCUGAGCUGUGCACCCAGGAGUAGGGUCUGCAAAGUCAUCUCCUGUGUCACCAGCGCAGGGGCUCUUGGGAACCCAGAUUCUAGCCCUGCUACCCACAGCAGAGCCCCGGAAGAAGGGAUGGGAGAGAGUUCCAGGCCCCAAGACCCUGAGUCCACAGGUACCUAUUUACAUUC